CAGCGUUCGUGUGCUGGCACACGUAACCUCAAUUCUCGGAAAUAAUUAAUUUUGACGUUUGAACAGCUGUUUUUGAAGAUUACAUUACGUGUCCAGUUGUAGUUCGAUACACACAACAAACAGCACGUCACACAAUUCAGAGAUAACUGCAAGAACAACUGUAAUUCCCGGUAGAGCUGCGUACACCAUGUACGAUACCACUACGGGGGUCAAAAUAAACGAAGAUGUUGAAAAGUGUACUAUGUUUCGUGCUACUUAGUCAAUGCCUGGCUUACUUUCAGCAAGACAAACAGGACGACUGUUUUUGUCAGUUAUCUGGCAAAAUAGACGAGUGCACUUGCAAUAUUGACACUGUGGAUCAUUUCAAUAAUGUGAAGAUCUACCCCAGGCUGUCCAGUUUGCUUGUUAAGGAUUAUUUCCGGUUUUAUAAGGUGAACUUGAAGCGACCAUGCCCUUUUUGGUCGGACGACAACAGCAAAUGUGCUAUGCGCUACUGCCACGUGGAAUCGUGUCGGGAAGACGAAGUUCCACCAGGCAUAAAAGGUGACAAUGGAAUGGCCAGACGUAACGUGGACAUGAAUGCUAGCGAAAAAUAUACGAGGGAGGCAAAUGAAGACUGUGAAGCCGAAAUGCUAUACUAUCUGAACAAGACAAUUUCGGAAGAGGCUCAAAAAGAAUUGGUCAAAUGGGACGCAUAUGAUGAUGCUUUAGACAACUUCUGCGAUAUUGAUGAGAAUGAUCAUGAGGCUGAAUACGUGGAUUUAUUGUUGAAUCCAGAAAGAUACACUGGUUACGCUGGUCCAGCUGCCCAUAAAAUAUGGUCUGCGAUAUAUUUGGAAAAUUGUUUCAGACCUAAGAGAUCCUUAAGCUUCAACCCUUAUAUUCAAAGUGGUAAACUGAGUGAGCUAUGUUUAGAAGAAAGAGUGUUUUACAGGGUAAUCUCUGGCUUGCAUGCGAGUAUCAACACCCACCUAUGCGCGAAUUAUCUUCUUUCAAACGCGAAUGGCAUGAGUUUUACGGACCCCCGAGGAAAAUGGGGUCCGAAUUUGGAUGAAUUCCAAAGGCGGUUUUCGCCAGAGAACACCAAUAGUGAAGGUCCGAACUGGCUGAGGAACCUUUAUUUCAUCUACUUGGUCGAACUUAGGGCUUUGGCGAAAGUUGCGCCCUAUUUGGAGGAGGAAGAAUAUUAUACAGGUAAUGACGCUUCCGACUGGGACACCCAAAUGGCUAUCAAAGAUCUCCUGAACGUCAUCAAACAGUUCCCGGAUCACUUCGACGAAUCCACCAUGUUCCGUAACUCUGAACAAGCCGAAAGGCUAAAGUACGAGUUCAAACAGCAUUUUCGAAACAUCACCCGAAUCAUGGACUGCGUCGGUUGCGAGAAGUGCCGCCUUUGGGGCAAACUGCAGACGCAGGGUUUGGGAACAGCGUUGAAGAUACUCUUCAGCGGCAAGUUUGAUGAGAUGAUACAGAACAGGCGAUUGUACGCUCAUAACAAGAAAGAAUUUCAGCUGCAGAGGAUCGAGAUUGUUUCGUUGGUUAAUGCUUUUGGAAGACUGUCUACUAGUAUUUAUAAGUUGGAUGAUUUUAGGCAGAUGAUGCGGUAACAAAAGCAGUCUCAAACCCUGCUCUAGGUCACAAAAGGUGUUUUCAUGAGUAUCAUACGUAAGUUCAAUCAAUAUUUAUCUCGUGGAAAGACUGAAACUGAAGGCGAUUAGACAGAACAGCUCAUGAAGGAUCAUAGUACUAUAACAAAAACAGCCUUCUGUCAAUAUUCUACUUUGGUAUCCAUAUAAACAACUACCUAUCUGAAAACCCAGUCAAACCAAAAUGUUACUGGCAGAAGUUAGCAGGUAGAUAAUCUUAGCUGGUUUUUGGAUUUUGAAGAUGCACCAUUUAUGUAUAGUCUAUCGUCUUAUCUUUUGGAGAACUGACCUGUUAUCUUUUUUACCCUACCCAGUGAUUUUUUUCCAGAGGAUAGGCUAGUCUUUCAAGCAUUAUCUACAUAGAUUUUAAUUUUGAGAAAAAAGCAUUCUAUACUUAGGAAGAUUGAUCCAUUCCCGAACGUUCGCUAUUUGAUCCGCAACUCUGUAUAGUUUUUAAUGUAGGAAAUUAUAACUUUUAACACAUUAAUAUUUUAUUGUGGUGUGGCAUUUAGAUCAUUUGCGAUCAGCACGGUUUUGAAUGUGAUAUAUAGUAUGAAAAUUUCUACUCAUGAAAAACUGUAAGUUAUUAAAGGGUUAAGUACAUCAUUUUUUUUUAAUUAAUUAAGUAUGUACCAUAAAUUUAACAGAUGAUUCUUUGAGCAAUUUUAAUUUAAUUUUAAUGUAAACAUAUGUCCGCAAAUUCUUCGUUCUCAAGAUACAGGGUGAUAAAAUUUAGAAAACAAUGUUUUUUCGUAAAUAUCUUAAAUACACUUUAUUUAAUUUUAUUGUAAUUUGUCCAGUGGCUUCUCGAGCGGGAUCUGAACGAAUAUUUGUGACAAAAAAAUGUACGUCACCGACUUGCAAUUUUUAUUAUGUUCUCAGGAUUAAGCAAAUGGAAAUACAACUUUUUUCUCUUGAAUUUUUUUUAGUUACCUAUUGAGAAAAAAAGAUGAACUUAAUUUAUUUUGGAAAUUAUUUUCUUAUAAUUUUUUAAUACUAAUAUGUUAAUGUUAUUUAGUAUUUGUUGUUGUUACAUAAUUAGUAAUAAACAAAUAUAAAAAAAUAGUAAUUUCCCAAAGAAAUGUUUCCCCAUAUUCCUUGUGUGGUCCAGAGAUAUGCAAUUAAGUUGACUUUUUUUAACGCGAAAACUAAGCAAGAUACGAAAAAAAUUCAAGGAAACAAAGUCGUAUUUCUAUUCGUUUAAUCCAAAGACCAUAAUAGAAAUUGCACAAAAGUCAGUGGCGUGGCGCAAGGCUAAGGGUUAUUUAAUUUAAAACCGUUUUUUUUUUAAAUUUUGCCUAUGUUUAUAUGAACUGUCGUCUGUUAAAUUUAUGGUAGCCUAUAUACUGAAGGUAUUUUAUCUUCCCAAUAAUAUACCAAAAAUAUCGUUGCAUCUGUUUUUUUUUUCCUCUUCUUUUAAGCUGGAAAAUCGAUGUAGACCUUUUACUUCUUUGCGAUCUAGUAUCCGACAGAAUUAUGGUUGUUUCUUGCCAUUAAACAACGUUCUUUUCAUAUCUCAAAAAUCUUUCACUUUAUUUUAACAAAAACAAAAAUCUUUUAUAGAAAACCAUACUGUUUAUUAAAAAAUUUUUUUAUCAUUGUAAUUAUUAUUUCAAAAUUAUAACCAAAAAAUAUAUUUUUAAAUUUUGAAGAUAUUUUAAUUCCCCAAUAAUUUACAUGCAAACAAAACUAUGUUUCUGUUUCUUUUCACCUUUAUUCAAGAUGCGAAAUCGAUGUUGUCCUUUAACUUCUGUGCGCACUACAUGAGAAUUAUGAUUUGUUAAUGAAUCAAACUUAUUUUCAUAUCGCAAAAAUCUUGUACUUAUUCCACCAAAAACAAAAAUCUUUUAUAUAAAACCAUACUAUUUAUUAGAACUGUAUAAUUUAUAUCGAAAUCUCGAAUUAUUGUCUGUAUGAUAAAUCUGUUGAGGUUUCAUGAAUGCAAAAAUGUAUAUGGAAUUUUUAUACAUUCCAUUGAUAAGGUUAAGUGGAUGAGUAGCUUGAGUAUAUUUAUUAUAUACAGUAGCGGACAAAAGUUUGGAAACAUUCCUUAGUAAUUUUUAAAAAGUGCACUAAUUUUUUAUUGUUUAUUAUUAUGGAAUAUUUUUUCUCAUAUAGUUUGUUUACAGUCUUGGGAAUACAAAUGACAAUUUGCGUGUGCUGUGGUACUACAGACUAGCAUUAAAAUACUUUCAUAUUAUUUUAUGACCAAAAAUGAGACGACAAAGGUAUGGAAACAUAUUUUUUAUCACAAAAUUAAAUACAAUAACUCUACGCAAAGAUUUAAAAAAUUCUGUUUAGCUAAUAUUUGGUAGCAUAGCCUUUAGCAUUCAACACUGCCUGACUUCUGCUGCUCAUAGAAUACACCAAUUUUUUACAGACGUUUGUUGGGAUAUUUUGCCAAAUAUUUUUUACUUAAUCAAAUAAAUGGUUCCUAUUUUUGAACGUUUUUCUAGUCAGUUGUCCUUUAACAUGCUCCCAGAGAUGUACUAUGGGGUUUAGGUUCGGGGAUUGCGAAGGCCAUGUAAGAACAUUAACAUUUUUCAGUUUUAACCAGUCCUUUACGAAUUUUGAGGUAUGCUUGGGGUCAUUACUUUGAAGGAAUGACUAUGGUAAAGGCAUUUCUUCUUCAGCAAAAGGGAGCAUGUAUUCACUAAGAAUAUCUUUGUAAAAUUUUUGAUUCACUUUUCCAACAAUUUUAACAAUUGGACCCGUUCCAGAACUAGAAAAACAGCCUCAAACCAUAAUGUUGCCUCCACCGUGCUUAACUGUUGCCAAUUGAUACUUUUGGACGUCUCACAUAUGCCGUACCGUCAGCUUUCAUCGCUCCAUAAAACUGUAUUCCAUUGUUGUUCUGUCCAAGAUAGAUCAAUUUUACGAUUUGUUUUUCUAAAUGAGAGGCCUUUGCACUGGACGCCUACCAAAAAGCCCAAAAUCCGCCAAGCGUCUCUGCACUGUUCUGACAGAAAGAUUCUCGGCACCCUCUACUACGAUUCUUUUGAAAAUAUGUCUGGCUGGCAUUCGAGGAUCUUCACGGGACAAACGUUUAAUGUAGCGACCCAGAACAUAAUCGGUUUUUUUUUUCGGUCUUCCGCACCUAGGCCGCGUUGCUGUUGGUCCGUAUUCUUGAUAUAAACGAGUAGUAUAUGAAAUAGUUCAUAAUAAUGUUAAUAUUUGUUUCCAAACUUUUGUCCGCUAGUGUAUCCCAGAUAGCGAAUAGUCUUAAAAUUAUGUAGAUUCUUGAAAAUCCAGCUACAAUACUUGAUCACAGUUUGUUUUCCUUUCAAUUAGACUUUGAAGAAUACAUUCUACAUUCUAUUUUACUAUGUUGGAGUGAAUUUUAAAAGGAUGAUAUGAACAUGAAAUUUGAUGCAACACUGUAAUGUUAUCAUUACCUAUCGAUUUUUCAUUUAACUUAAUUACAUAUGUUCAUCGGAACCUAAUUUCCUUACAUAACCAUUUGAACUGGAAACCUUUCGAGUAUUGGAUGUAAAUAUUUUAUAUAUAUAGCUUUAUUUAUAUAUGCUGCAUGAUGUUUUUUAUAUAAAAGGGUACUUAAUAUUUACGCUAUAGAGGUGCAUUAAGUUUGGGGUAUAUUUGUAUAUAAGAAGGUAUUUUUAUAUAAUGCAAGAAGUAUAGAUAUGAAGUUCAAAGAUAGCUAAACUGUUAAAAUGUAUGUCCAGUGAUAGAAUAGUUAUACAAGAUGUAGCUUUUGUUUGCAAUUUUUCAUAUUAUAAAUGUUUAU